GUACUGCGCGGCGUCCACUAGUUAUUAAACUCGUUUACGAUAAGCGGAUUACAAGCUGCGGAAUUUGUUUUUCAAUGUUAAAUAUCGCGGCGCUGAAAUCAUUGACCUAAAUCCAAUCGUAUCUGGUUUGGGAGCAGAAAAAAUAGAACCGAAACUCAACGACGAUUAAAAAAGUUUCGCGUUCGAAAUUUGUUUUUGCUACAUUUGUGAGGAGAAAUAUUUUCCUUUUCCUAUCUUUGUUCAGUCGUUUAAACGUUUUUAAAACAUGUAGUGAAAAGGACUGAUCAAACAACAAUCAUAUCCAGAUUUCUGAAGCUGGCACUGUGAAUUCGAGAAAAUUAUAGAAGGUAAAAAUGGCCUCCGUUAUGAAAGACGUUUUUGGUACCGUGGACUAUGUGGUAUUCGCUGCCAUGCUGGCCAUCUCUGCGGGUAUCGGAAUAUGGUACGCAAUCGUUGACCGUAAAAAGAGCGACACACAAGAAUUUCUCAUGGGUGGAAGAUCUCUGAGUAUUUUCCCAGUCGCUAUGUCUGUCCUGGCUAGCUUCAUGUCUGCCAUAACGCUACUAGGAACGCCGGCAGAAGUUUACAGAUAUGGUACUCAGUACAUCAUUAUUAAUGUGGCUUUCUGUCUGGUGGUACCUUCCACGGCAUACUUAUAUCUACCUGUAUUUUACAAUCUCGGAGUCACAAGUGCUUAUGAAUAUCUGGAAUUGAGGUUUCAUAGUCUAGUAAGAACGAUUGGUUCUGGUGUAUUUGCAAUGCAUAUGUUGAUGUAUAUGCCAGUCGUACUAUAUGCACCUGCGCUGGCUUUAUCUGAAGUCACUGGGAUUCGGAUAUGGACAGCUGUUCUUUCCAUCGGUCUUGUUUGCACAUUUUAUACCAGCAUAGGUGGGAUGAAAGCAGUCGUCUGGACGGAUUUGUUUCAGUCAUUGGUGAUGUAUGCUUCCGUUAUCGUAAUUGUAGUCAAAGGAGCCAUGGACCUUGGAGGUUUCAGCGCUGUAUGGGAAAAGAGUGUGGAAGGUGGCAGAAUAGAAUUUUUCAGGUUUGAUUUAGAUCCAACUGUACGCCAUACUUUCUGGAGUUUAGUGGUAGGUGGGUACGUAACAUGGAUGGGAAAUUAUGCAGCAAACCAAGCAAUGAUUCAACGCUACUUGACAAUAGGAUCCUUGCGAGGUGCCCAAGGGUGCUUGUGGAUUAACCUCCCGGCUCUCAUUAUUUUGAUUCUGAUAACCAGCUUAUCAGGACUUGUUAUUUACGUAUUCUAUGCAGCUUGCGACCCCAUAGGCACCAAGAUGAUAGAUGCACCAGAUCAGCUCUUUCCCCGUUUUGUUAUGGAAACACUUGGAUCCUUUCCUGGAAUACCCGGACUUUUCGUGUCAGGAAUAUUUAGUGGUGCUCUUAGUACAGUUUCAUCAGGCGUCAAUUCUUUAGCUGCCGUGACGCUUGAAGAUUUCAUCAAACCCUUUAUUUUCAAAGAUCUGAAAGAAGUAUGGGCAACAAGAAUUACCAAAAUCCUUGCUCUGACUUACGGAUUACUGUCAAUAGCUCUUGUGUUCGUGGCAGAACAACUAGGCGGCGUACUACAAGCUGCCUUAACUAUACACGGAAUAGUUGGUGGUCCUAUGCUGGGUGUUUUUACAUUAGGGAUGUUCUUUCCAUGCGCUAAUACUUGGGGGGCGUCUACAGGACUUUUGAGUGGUUUUGUGAUAGCUAUGUGGUUCGGAAUGGGAGCCUUUUCCAGCCAGCCUUACAAUCCAGAAGCUUUUCGAUCCUAUGAAAACUGCACGGAACUUUACUAUAAUGUCACACACAUUGACCUUACGAAUAUUACAACUAUGCCAGAAAUUAUUCAUAACAAUGACGACAUUUUCCCACCUUACCGGCUGUCCUAUUUGUGGUUAAGUGCUGUAGGUUUCGUGGUGGUUCUUAUCGUUGGCGUUGUCAUUAGUCUCGUGUCAGGUGCUACAAAAGGUGAAGAUAUUGACGAAAGACUACUUUCACCACUUAUAAUAUGGCUCAGCCAAUUUAUGCCUGGUGGAAGAUGUAAGAAAAUAACUCUGAAUAGAGAACGAAAAGGAACUUCUUUAACAACACUUCGAACGACAAGUGUAAUCAGCGAUGAAGACUUUUAUCCAUCCAAAAAAGAAUCCAUUUCUUAUAUAACAGACGCAAAAGUAUCUUAACAACCAAAGAGAAUAGUAUGGUACUUUAAUUCAUAUUAUAAAAAUUAACUAAAAUCUCUUGUACAGUCUGUAAUCUAUGUAUCAUAGAUGAAAUUUCUUUUCUAACUGCUAAAUAAACACAUAUUGUUCUUCAAAA